UUACGAUCUCAACUCUCAUUCAAACGUUGGGUUGCCUUUCUUGUUUCGCUCGAGUUGCAGGCUCGAUUAAUAUUAACAAAGAAACCAACACGAACCCAAGAGAAUGAGCGAUCUGGUAUCAGGAACCGAUCCACCCGCAGCGGAAUUGAAGAGCGGUUUCGAUGCUGCUCGAAUUGCAGAAGUAAAAGCUUGGCUCGCUUCUCAAUUCGAUGCAGCAGGCAAAGAGGUGCCUGAGUUCGAAUACACGCCUCGAAGCGUUGCUCAUUUGCAUAACAUCGCCACUAUCUCGCAGGCCAAGAGCCAGGCUUCUGGUAUUGUUGCUUCCGAUCUCCGCCAGAAAGCUGCGGAGUACCGGUCCCAAGCUGCAAGAAUCAGAGAGAUACUGGAGCAUGCAGGUAUGGCGCAAGAAAGCUUACCCUCCAACGUCAUUUCAUCGGCACAGGUUCUCGCAAAUGUGGCCAAUCUGUUGAAUAUAAGAGAUACUGAGAUGAGUAGUUUUCUAGUUGCAAUGGGGGAUAUCUCUUUGAGGAAGACUGGAGUGGAGGAGAAGAGGGCUAAAGUACAGAAGGAGUCUAGAGUGCUUCUUGACUAUACCCGGAAGGCAAUUGCUAGGCUUACAUACUUGAAAAGGACCCUUGCACAACUGGAAGACGAUGUACCUGCUUGUGAGGAACAAAUGCAUCACUGGAAGACAAAUUUGAAACUUAUGAUCAAGAAAGAGCAACAGUAUUUGCAGCAAUAUUCUAAUUAUAAGGCAAUUUUGAAUCGUGUGGGCUACACUCCAGAGAUUAGCCAUGGUGUUCUGGUUGAAAUGGCUGAACACAGGAAGGAGUUGGAGAAAAAAACUAAGCCAAUCUUGGAUACAUUGAGAAGUUACCAAGAUUUGCCUCCUGAUAAAACUCUGGCUGCUCUAGCUAUUGAGGACAAAAGAAGGCAAUAUGCUGCUGCAGAGAAGUAUCUUGAGGAAGUGUUGCACUCAGCUCUUGCCACUACAGAAUAAUGUCCUGGUCUGUGACAUCCUGUCUUCUUGUGCUCUUUCUCAUGCGACAUUAAUUUCAGCAGUGGCUGCCUGAAUCUCAGUGCAGCAAGUGGAGUGAAGUCAUGUGAGCAGGAUGAGUUACAGAUUUUUAUGGAUGAUAUAGAAGAAACGAGUUUCCAAGGAGAGUGCUUUUUGCUUUGUUGGGGGUACUAUUAACAGAUGAAAUGAAACUGAGUUUGCUU